UUUUUGCAAUAGAAUAUCAUGACGAUCGCGACAUCGGUUACAGAUAUGUUAUUCUCCAAGUAAUAACAAUUGUGCAAAAGCUAUUAUUUAAAUAUUAUAGGUAUUUACUUGCUGUCUCGUCAUCUAAUCGCCGUUCAGACGUAAUUGAAAUACAUAAGCCCGUUUGCAGCCAAAGAAGGACAAGAUGUCAGGAAAAGAGAGGAUCGAUGUCUUCCCCUCUAGAAUGGCCCAGACCAUCAUGAAGGCCCGUCUGAAGGGGGCCCAGACUGGUAGAAACCUACUGAAGAAGAAGGCUGAUGCCCUCUCCAUGCGCUUCCGUCAGAUCCUCCGUAAGAUCAUUGAGACUAAGACCUUGAUGGGGGAAGUGAUGAGGGAGGCUGCCUUCUCUUUGGCUGAGGCGAAAUUUGCUGCUGGCGACUUCAGCACCACUGUCAUCCAGAAUGUGAACAAGGCCCAGGUGAAGGUUCGGGCUAAGAAGGACAACGUGGCAGGUGUCACUCUACCUGUGUUUGAGCACUACCAAGAAGGAGGGGAUAGUUAUGAGCUGACUGGUCUGGCCAGGGGAGGAGAGCAGCUCUCCAGACUGAAGAGAAACUAUGCUAAAGCAGUGGAGCUGCUAGUGGAGUUGGCCUCCUUACAGACUUCCUUUGUCACACUGGAUCAGGCCAUCAAGAUCACCAACCGCCGUGUGAAUGCCAUUGAGCAUGUGAUCAUCCCCCGCAUUGAGCGUACCCUCAGCUACAUCAUCACUGAGCUGGAUGAGCGGGAACGAGAGGAGUUCUACAGGCUGAAGAAGAUCCAGGAGAAGAAGAAGCAGAUGAGGGAGAGGACGGAGAAGGAGAUCGCCGCCCGUCUGGCCAAGCUGGGCCCCAUCGCCGAGCCAUCCAACAUGCUGACGGAGGAAACUGACGAGGACCUGCUGUUUGAGUGACAUGCCGUCCUUCCGGUCACCCGUGGCUACUCCGUCACCCGGGUUGACAGAGUAAACCGGGUCAACUCCGUCACCCACAUCCUAUUUAUUCUGUGCCUCUCAGGCCACGUUGAGGUCUUCUUUUUGUGCGAAAGAGAAAAAUUGUCUGUUUUUUGUGUACACGUCGGUGAUGUUUUGUUGUCGUUUUCAGUAUUGGAGAUGAGUGUCCAGAUUUAUCACUGUAUAGAACCGUCAGAACUUUGCCGCUAACAGCAAUCACAUCAGUUCACUAGAGUGUCGAACUUGUUGAUGAGUUAUCUUUUGAAUACUUAAGGAGCAAAUAAUAUAUGUACAUUGAGUAUGGUUAAAUUACAUGGUUUACAAAUGUGAACUGUAUUAAGCAUUCCAUCUGAUUGGGUGAGGACAUAGAUAGCUAUUUAAUGCUUCCAUCAGAACACUCAGUCAAUGCAUGCCGUCAUGCUGUACAGUUAAAACAGGGUGGCCGUUAUUUUCCCCGUAAGUGUCUGUGUUGUGGAGGCUAAUCCCUUCCAUGGUCGCCCCAUAUCAGUGGGGUUGUAUUGACCAUAAAAUAAUGACAUUCUGUUUCUAUGGAAUUUAAUUACAUGGUACUGUAUUGACCCUUUACAGGAGGAUGGCUAACGUGGGUCCCGUGUGGCUCAGUUGGUAGAGCAUCGCGCUUGCAACACCAGGGUUGUGGAUUCGGUCCCCCCUCGAGGGACCAGUGCGAAAUAAUAUAUGCACUCACUACUGUAAAUCACUCUGGAUUAGAGAGUGUGCUAAAUGACUAAAAUGUCAAUGUAGUGUGCGUACCUGACCUCCAUCCGCAGUGGCACCCUGAGUGCAACCCCACCUAUGUCAGAACACUUCAUCCAAAUAAAGAUGAUCUGAAUAUUC